CUUGGACAAAUGACUUGUGUGUUUCAGUCGCCAUUGCCUUUAGUCCAUUUCGAUUAUCCUAUAGUGCAACACUAUGCUCGGCGAACUAAAAGAACAUUUCUUAACAGCUGGUGGAAGAGAUCCUCGCACCCGGGAUUUACCUUUCUGCACCAGUUACAGAUCUAUCACCCUUAUAAUAGUGGUCUAUGUACUACUUGUGAAAAAAAUCGGUCCAGCUUUUAUGGCUAAACGAAAGCCAUACAACAUUAGAUGGCUUAUAUCGUUGUAUAACUUCCUGCAAGUGAUUUUUAAUGGAUAUUUGUUUAUAACGACUACGAAAUAUUUUUUAUUUCACCCCAAAUAUUCAUGGAGUUGUAUGGCAUUUGACCAUGAGGAGACUAGUGAAGAAACUAUGGGUCUCCGGAGAAUGGGAUUUCUUUAUUUUCUAAACAAAGUUGCCGACUGCUUCGACACAGUAUUCUUUGUUUUGACCAAAAAAUACGGUCACAUUUCGGUGUUGCAUGUCUACCAUCAUGCCACAAUGGUUUGGGCCAGCUUCAGCUAUAUUAAUUGGAUGUUAGGUUCCCAAUUUACAAUCGUCGGAUAUCUAAAUACACUGGUUCACAUGAUCAUGUACUUCUAUUAUUUAUUGGCUUCUCUAAAGCUCAAUAUCAAUCUGAGCCGAUGGAAGAAACAUCUAACACAAUUCCAACUAUUGCAAUUUGUCUAUUAUUGCUUGAAAGUAAUAGUUCCCCUGACAAACAAUUGGUGUAAUCUCUCCAGGACUUGGCUAUGGGCCGUGCUGGCGGAGAAUGUUAUUAUGAUAGUUUUGUUUUCCAAUUUUUAUUAUAAGACAUAUAUUGUGAAAAAACCGAAAGCAAAAAAAUAGAAAAGAAAAAAAUCCAAACAAAAGCAUUACCGAAA